AUGUACGGGCUGCUGUGUGAGAGUCUUCAUGACUUCAUCAAGGAGUCGUACGGAGACGAUGUGUGGAAGCUGGUCAGAGAAAGAGCUGAUGUCAGGUUGCACUCUUUUGUCACCCACCAGGUGUAUAGUGAGAGUGUGAUUCCUCGGAUUGCAAAGGCAGCCAGUGGAGUGACAGGGACGCCCUACAAUGAGCUGAUGAACUCCUGGGGUGUCUACUUCCUGGGCUUUGUUGGAAAGUACGGCUAUGACAGGAUCCUCAAGGUGCUGGGCCGUCAUGUACGUGACUUUGUCAACGGCCUUGAUAACCUCCAUGAGUACCUGCGCUUCAGCUACCCCAAGGUGCAGCCUCCAACCUUCUUCUGCCAGGAGGAGUCAGCCACUGGAGUCACCCUGCACUACAGGAGUAAGCGCAAAGGCUAUCUGCAUUACGCCAUGGGUCAGCUCAGGCAGAUGGGGAAACAGUUCUACGACACCGACAUCCAUGUGGAGGUGCUGUCUGAGCAGAUGGUCGGAGACUACUCCCAUGUCACCAUGAGGCUGAACUUUGACAACUCAGCCUACCGCUACAUCAUGAAGGAGGAUGAGGAGGAGCAGGAGAUUCUGCCCAUCACCUCAGACUUCUUCUUUGAGGUCUUCCCCUUUAACAUCGUCUUCAGACAGGACAUGGUAGUGCAUAAUGUUGGCUCAGGCCUGGCUACUGUCUUCCCUGAUCUGGAUGGGAAGAAGAUCAAUGAUGCCUUUUUGCUGGCUCGCCCCCUAGUGGAGUUCACCUGGAACAUGAUCAUCUCCCACCCCAACAACCUGUUUGAGAUCAUGUCCAAGGAGCCUGUGAAGAGAGAGAGGAACCUUCACAACCGAGUCCAGAAUUCAGACUAUGAAAAUGCCAAUCGCUCUGCUGACGUAGACGUGGAGCUCAUGGCUUUCCAGUCCAUCAUUGGAGAUGAUUACAAAGACGGUAACAGUGCUAAUGCGAUGGAGAGCUGGGGCGAUGGGAGCCGCUGCCUGAAACUAAAAGGACAAAUGAGAUACAUGCCAGAGUGGGAGUCUAUCAUCUUUCUGGGAACCCCUGUGAUGGAGAGUCUCAGUGCCAUGUUUAAGACUGGCCUAUACAUCAACGACCUGAGCAUGCACGACUCCAGCAGAGACCUGGUGCUGGCGGGCACACAGCAGUCAGAGGAGCUGAAGAGAGCUCUCAUACAGGAGCAGAAGAAGUCCAGUAAGCUGGAGGAGAGCAUGAAGAUGUUGGACUAUGAGAUGAAGAAGACCGAUGACCUCCUGUACAGGAUGAUUCCCAAGCCGGUGGCUAAAAGGCUGCGCAAAGGAGAGCCAGCUGUGAACACUUGUGAGGUGUUCCCAGAUGUGACCAUUCUCUUCAGCGAUGUCGUGGGAUUUACUCGCAUUUGCAGCCACAUCACUCCAAUGCAGGUGGUCUCCAUGCUCAACACUAUGUACACGCUGUUUGACACGCUCAGCGAGAAGCACCGCGUCUUCAAGGUGGAGACGAUUGGAGACGCCUACAUGGUGGUAGCCGGGGCUCCGGAGAAGACAAAGUAUCACGCUCACAACAUCUGCGACAUGGCCCUGGACAUGGUGCGCUCCAUUGAUCACCUUAAGGACCCCUCGAAUGGCAACAACAUACAGAUUCGUGUUGGGAUCCACUCUGGGAUGGUGGUGGCAGGUGUGGUGGGACACAAGAUGCCACGUUACGGUCUGCAUGGUGACACGGUCCACACUGCGUCUGCCAUGGAGAGCAACGGAAAGGAGAUGCACAUUCAGCUAAGCAGCGCCACCUACGAGCACCUGAAAGGAAGUCAUUUUAUUUUCGAAAGGAGGGGCACCAUUACCAUCAAGGGGAAUGUUGAAAUUGAGACCUACUGGCUGAAAGGAAAGAGGGACAAAGAUGGGAACGCUCAGGCGGCGUGUCCUCAAUUUGAGACUCAGACCAUCAGCAAGGCCAUCAGCAAGGCCAAUAUCUCAGGCCCUGAGGCCCCAGGAGAUGAGGAGGGCCUGGUGUUCCCGCUGGUGGCGGGAGAGGACGAGGAUGAUGUCAAGUCUAUUCGCUCUCAUCGUAUCAAGAUGGAGAUUUCAGGUCAUUCUCUGGAGGAGUCGAUGGAGGAGUGCCGGAUGGAGGAGAUGUCUGUUAAUAAGUCCCACUUAAAGGAUGCUUUGCAGGACGGCCUUCAGGACCCUCACCUGGAACUGGACUCACCUGUGUCUGACGGCAGAGACUCCAUCAUGGACUCCCGUGCCAGCUCCUGCGACUCCCGCUGCUCCAAGAGUGCCACGUGCUCCGUGUCAUGAA